GGGUACCUCGAGAGGUGGUCCUGCCACGCCUCUUUCCUUCUCUUGGUCCCCCAUUCUUUCUCUUGAGAUCCUUAACCUUUUAUUCCCCACCCCCAGUUUAUGGACGAAACCGAGGCGAAGAGCGACGAAGUGACGUGCCCAGGUUGCCCAGCUUGUGCGCGUCGUGGGCAGAUCUGGGGAGGACGCCCGCGCCGGCUCCUUUGUUGGCACUGGUGUGGUUGCGGGGCGGAUUUGGAGCGCUUCUCCUAGGCCGGUUGGCGGCUGGGUUUUCUAACUGCUUAUCUGUGUGGUCGCAUCCCGGCCCCUCACACGGCUGGAGGACGAGUGGUCCAGAGCUUGUGGCUUCCAGGACGGCCCGGAGCCGGCCCGAGGAGAGGCGGGGCCGGGCGCCCGGCAGCGGAAGUGCCGGCCCCUCUCGCCGCCGUGCCGCCAACUCUUGUUGAUCUCUCGGCUGCACCAUCGCUCAUGGGUUCCGCCGUGCCGGCCCUGGAGCCCUACGGGCGGCCCCUCAGCCCCCGGCUCCCCGACUCGUGGGCCCUGGCGGUGGACCAGCAGGAAGCGGCGGCCGAGUCGUUGAGCAACUUACAUCUGAAGGAAGAGAGAGUCAAACCAGAUAGCAAUGGUACUGUUGUCAAAUCCAAUGAUAAUGUAGAAAAGACAGAUGAAGAGGAGAAAGAGGACAGAGCUGCCCAGUCACUGCUAAAUAAGCUGAUCAGAAAUAAUCUUGUUGAUAACACAAAUCAGGUGGAAGUCCUGCAGCGGGAUCCAAAUUCCCCCCUCUAUUCAGUGAAGUCUUUUGAAGAACUUCGACUGAAACCUCAGCUUCUACAAGGAGUUUAUGCUAUGGGUUUCAAUCGACCAUCCAAAAUACAAGAAAAUGCAUUACCAAUGAUGCUUGCUGAACCCCCACAGAACCUGAUUGCCCAGUCUCAGUCCGGUACUGGUAAAACAGCUGCCUUUGUCCUGGCUAUGCUCAGCCAAGUGGAACCAUUGAACAGAUACCCCCAGUGUUUGUGUCUCUCACCCACUUAUGAGCUGGCACUUCAGACAGGAAAAGUGAUUGAACAGAUGGGCAAAUUUUAUCCAGAACUUAAACUUGCUUAUGCUGUUCGAGGCAAUAAAUUGGAAAGAGGUCAGAAAAUCAGUGAGCAGAUUGUCAUUGGCACCCCGGGCACGGUUCUGGAUUGGUGCUCCAAACUCAAAUUCAUCGACCCCAAAAAGAUCAAGGUGUUUGUCCUGGAUGAAGCUGAUGUGAUGAUAGCUACUCAAGGCCAUCAAGAUCAGAGCAUCCGCAUACAGAGGAUGCUCCCUAAGGAUUGCCAGAUGCUGCUUUUCUCAGCCACCUUUGAAGAUUCUGUGUGGAAAUUUGCCCGGAAAGUUGUCCCAGAUCCAAACAUAAUUAAACUGAAACGAGAGGAAGAGACACUGGACACCAUUAAACAGUAUUAUGUGAUGUGCAAUAACCGAGAUGAGAAAUUCCAGGCCCUUUGUAAUCUCUACGGAGCCAUCACUAUUGCUCAAGCCAUGAUCUUCUGUCAUACUCGCAAAACAGCUGGUUGGCUGGCAGCUGAGUUAUCCAAAGAAGGCCACCAGGUGGCCCUCCUGAGUGGUGAAAUGAUGGUGGAACAGAGAGCUGCAGUGAUUGAGCGUUUCCGAGAAGGCAAGGAGAAAGUGUUGGUGACUACCAAUGUGUGUGCUCGAGGUAUCGACGUGGAACAGGUAUCUGUGGUUAUCAACUUUGACCUGCCAGUGGACAAGGAUGGGAAUCCAGACAAUGAAACGUACCUUCAUCGUAUUGGGCGCACGGGGCGCUUUGGCAAACGAGGCCUGGCUGUGAACAUGGUGGACAGCAAGCACAGCAUGAACAUUCUCAACAGAAUCCAGGAACAUUUCAAUAAGAAGAUAGACAGAUUGGACACCGAUGAUUUGGAUGAGAUUGAGAAAAUAGCCAACUGACAAGCAUUGCCUAGAAUUGAUAUACACCUUUUAGACGUGUAUCUCCAGCUCCAUUUGGACUGUUUGUUUUUCAAAUUGGCACAUCUCUCAGCCAUUCACCAAAAAGGACGAAGGCGGGAAUACACAGGAAUUACCUACCUCAUUUCAAAUUAUGUUUGGACUUAAGGAAAAACAGCAAAUUGUGCAAAUAAUGGGGGGAGGUAGAAAGAGAAAAUUUGUUUACAUAAGCUCUUAAGAUUAGGCGUGAAUAUACAGAAAUUUCCUUUUUGGUAAAUUUAUUAUUUAAAGUUAAUGUGUCUCAAUCUUAAAUGUAAACUAAGGACUUGUCACAGCUUUGGUUAAUCUCUGAUUCUUGUGGUAGCAUAUAGAUUUCUCUUCUUUGACCUGGGAUAGGCAUAUCUUAAUGCAUGUACCUGCCUGUAGUUACCUGUAGAAGUGGCAUUGUAGAAGUGAGAAGGAAACUCAGUAGCUGGAACUAUAUGGGGACUCACCACUAGGCCCCAGAGUCAUGUUAAACUAUUUGAUUGGAUGGAAUAAGGGAAUCAGAUGUCUUGUAAGUUAGAUUUCCCAGGCUAGGAUAAUGGUAGCCUACCUGGGGAUACCUUUGCCUUUUUGCUCUUUCUAGUGCGGCAAGGGAUUGACUGAAGAUUGGAAAGAACUUAAAUUUGGAGCCUUUCUUGCAUUUAGGUUUAUAUCCCAGGGUCUAGUCUUAACCUCUGUCUCCAGAUACACUUAAGGGAGGGACUGACUUGUUCUACUAGCAUGAGUCAGUACAAACUCUCGUGUAACAUCAUAGGGACCAUUCUACUUCAUGUGGCUUCCCAGGGAAGCCUCGUAUACAGUAUCCUUCCAGCAUCCCUAAAAUGCUCAUAAAUCCUUCAGCAAUGAUAAAAAAAAAAGUAGUGAAUCCUCUUCAUUGGAAACAGUCACUGAAGACUCUGCUUGUCUGACUGAACUGGAGAAGACAGAAGUAUUUGAAUGAGAUUGGGAGAGACUAUGAAUACCAAGGCCAGCAACAGCACAUAUUGUCACUGGGAUUGUCCAGAUCCAAAAGGGAAAGCUUUGGAGGAAUCACUUGGGAUGUAACAUAUCCUCUCCCAAUAUUGAUUCUAAUUCUGUGUCUGAGGCAGCUGGUAUACAAAUACCUGCAUUCGUGAUUACAAAUAGACUAGAAAUGCCCUAUCAAAUACCCAUUUUAUCUCCAUGGCUGAUUUCAGGUUUAUUUCUUCCUUACUCAUCAGUGGUAACCAAAAAGCACUCUGAGAUCAUCUGGCACUGAAUAUUUUUUAUGAUUAGUCACAGUAAUUGGCUCUUUCUGGUUUCUGAACUGGACUGUGUAUCCUCUUUCAAAAAUGACAGAAGGGCAAGAGUAGUAUGGAGUCCCAACAAGGAUAAAUUAUAGGUGUCUCCAUGCUUCAACUUUGCUACCUUCCUGUUCCCCUAGGACUAGAUAGCUUAUUUUUGAUUUCUCCUCUACAAGGUAUUUCAAGAAGAAAAAUCUCUAUUCUAUUGAACAGAUAGCCAAGACAGGUACCUUUCAAACUGCUCACAUGGAAAGGAGGAAUGGGACGCACAGCUAAUCAGUGCAAACGAGGUAUUUUGGUGGUCCUGAUUUCCUAAACACAAGAGAUCCAAAGGAAAGGGAGAAGGAACCCUUGCAAUCUUUCCAGAAAUGUUGCUGCUGCUCUAGCCUCACUAUCUCAACCCAAAGGACUAGUUAUUUUUAAUAUUGAAGAAUUAUUCCAGACACUAGACAUACUUGUCAUAAAUGGGUUCUGAGUUUUUCUAGCUAGAGGAAUAGAUGUGCAAGAUAGUUGAUUCUGUCUGGUAGGUAUGCUCAUGACAUAGAUUGCUUUAUAGUUGUCCCCUCGGGUUAUAAAGCCUCUUUUUUUUUGCCUGUACGUUGUUGGUGAGAGGCAGAGGCCAUAGGAUGCUUUGAUAAAAUUUGCUUCUGUCUAAGAAUGGGCCUAUCUUAAUAUCUGCUCUGUUGAGCUCUAAUCAGGGUAGGUCAUACAUAACAAAACUGCUCCAUCAUCUUCAACUUCUUAGUUUAUCUUUGUGAAUGUUUUUUUCUUAAUUUCCUUAAUGCGGUUGGUUCCAUUUUCCAUUCUCAUUCUUAGUACAGCCCCAUUCUUAAACACAAGGGAAUUUCAAGCGAAUCUUUACCUUUUUUCAUAAAUGGACCUAAAUGGACAGAAGGAUGGGUUAGUGAAGUUAGGUGGAGAUGUUUUCCUAACCUGAGAAAUCUGAUGAGGGCUGGGCAGAGCACGAUUCCUGGUAGGGGACAGCAUAUUCACAGGGGCUCUUUUAUCCUACAGAUCUAAGAGGACCAAGGCCAGUGAGCCUCCAAAGGAUUCUGUAGCAGGAGUGAAAAUUGGUCCAGUUGGGGUGACUGGAUCAUUCUUGGAUCUGGUAUUUUUCCUCCCUUGAAGAGGAUUCUCUGCCCUUUUUUUGUCAGUUCUUUGUCUUUGCCUUGUCUGUCAAGUUUCUUAUGAGGGUCCAGGAACUGUGGAAUAGCACUGCCUCCCAUGAGAGGUUAUUGGCCUCCUUAAUGAAAUCUGCUGAGAUGUAGAGAGCAAGGUAGUGGAUGAUGUAGAGCAUAUGUGGCAGGGAAGAGAGAAGAAUGAAAACACCAACCUAGAACUGCUUUAGUAGGAGAGGUUUCUGCUUUUUGUGUCUUUAAGCAAAGUUGCUACCUAUGUCGAGUUAGAACUCUGAAUAUACUGCCUGUCAAUAGAAAAAAAAGUCUUCAUUGGUCACUUGAGCAUCCUAUGUAUUGACCAUAUGGAUAAGAGAUGCCUAGUUGUAUUCCCUACUUUGUUAUGUUAACAGAUUUUAACCAAUUAUGAAAAACAUGUUACUAAGGGUUUUUAAAUUUUAUCAAUAUAGGAAGAUAGGGAACAACAUAGUUUUGGUUGCUGGGCUUUAUUUAUUUAACCCCCUGCUGUUGACUAUAUAAUGUGUUGGCACAUGGUUUUAUAGGUUUGUGUAUCUGCUGAAAUGGUUAUUCUGUACCUUUAACCCUAGGACGUCCACUGUAUCAAAGACUAAAUGCAUAGAAACUCAAAUCACAGGGACAUUUUGAAGCCAACCCCUUUUGGGGGCCUCACACUCCUGAUCUCUGAUUUAAAAAACCAACAAACAAAAGGGCUAUUUGGUGGCACGACAAGGUCUCCAGGGAAAAGGCAAUAGAAGUAAAUAAAAUGUUAUGUUCUACCUCCUCCGUCUAGAGGAUAGAGAUGAAUGGGGUUUUAGAGUUGUUUUUAUCACCACUUUUUUUUUUAUUAACAUCAAGACGGUGUUGUACACUGCCCCAGGAAUUAAGACAUUUUUAAAGAUUGUGAGAUUAGACAGAGAAAAGUUUAUGAAAGAGGCAAGUCCUGAAUUUGACCUUGAAAGAGAAGUAUGGAGUUUAAGGUAACAGGAAUUCAAAGGCCAUGCUAGACACAAGGAUGCUUUAUAUGCGAAGAGCCAAAGAUUCGAGAAGAAACAUGGUGUUUAUGGAGGGACUGAAGGGAAAGUGAGUGAAUACAGGGGAGAACAGAUGAGAUCUAGAGAGAAAGGCCAGUAAAGGCCUUGCAGAAGAAGGGAAAUUUGAACUUGGGCCAUCCAUAGGAAAUCGUAAAUCCUUAAGGUGGUGAAACAAUAGGAUUGGACGUCUAGGAAGAUUAAUAUGGAGAAGAUGAGGCUUGUCUCCAUAUGUUCGUAUGGAGUGUUUCACUGAUGUCGUGGCCUAUAGUAAGCUCCCUUGAUUCUGGGGCCUCCCAGGGGACAAGAUCUGAGUAUAUAAUAGCUUUAGGUGCAGAGCAUGAAUUAGUAAAUUAGGGAAGCGUUUCGGGGAUAGUUCGGCUCUCGCCCUCAGCUGAAAUACUGGUGACACCCCUUUAGUCAGACCUUGGGCCUUCCUUGUAGGCAGCUUUGUGUUCCAGUGCCAAGGAGUGGAGGCAUAAGAGAUUGUAAAAAGGUCUUCACACUCCCAAGAAGUUUUUUUUAACUUUUCAGAUGAAUACUUUGGGGUUCAUUGGCUCUCUGGCCUAUAUGCUGAACUAGAGGUGGUUCAGAGAAGAAUAUCUAGUCUGUGGGCUCGGGGGCCCUUCAUGUCCAUCGUUGUACUGUGAACCUGUUAUUACUACUCGCCAAGGGAAGCCAGGCACAAUUCUUAGAAAACCAAACGCCUGUUACUGCACUAAAUUCCUGGGGAAGAUUCCACCCCCGGUCAAGGGAAACCUGGGGCUGGUUUUCUUAGGGAGCACUCAGCUAUGCCAGCCCAGUGAAAGUAGGCCAAUUCUCAAUAAUGUUUCGGUUGUUAAUUUUAUUAACUUAUAAGACGAACUGAAUCAUACUGUAACAGACAAAUUAAAUGGUUUAUUUUCUGAUCAACACAGACAAUGAUUUUUCCCUUAACUUCACUGGAUGACAGUCUCUUGUGUCAUUGUUGCCUUUUUCUGAACACCUUGGUCCUGGAGGGGAUGGUUUGAGGUACAAAUUGGGUAACUGCGGAGUCUGCAAAGUAAAAGAAAAACUGAUGAUUACAGGGGAGUCUAGCUAUAAAUGAACCAUUAACAGAUCUCUGGGCAAGUUGGUGCUAAUCAUUUUCUUCGGCCAUCAAUUCAUUAUGGCUCCCAUUUAUGUGCUGAAUCCAUAGCCACUCGGUGACCUGUAGCCUGCAGGUACUUAGGAUGUUUAUAAAACAGUAUCAGUUGUAUUUCUGGAGUCUUGUGUGAGGCUGCUUUAAAAUGUUAAGUUCAUUUACCUAAUGAAUGUCUAAUUGUCAAACUCAUAAUGGCUUCUUAUGAAAUGGGUUGUAUAUGAGCUGCAAAGGUCAUUUAGGUUUCACAUCUGUCUCCCUUGAGAAACCGCUGAAACAUAUUUCCUUUUUGGGUCCCAUUUUGCCUUCUCUAAGAUGGUUGGUGAAAUGUUUAUUUCAUAUUCUCCAGAAACUUCAUGAGUAUAAAUGUAUAAAUAGAAUACAAGCUCCCUGAGAUUAGGGAUUGUCUGUUUUUGUACCCCCAGCACAGUGCCUGACAUACAGUAGGUGCUUAAUAAAUGUUGGCUUACUGAUUAGUA